GAGCGCGAUUUCGUCGCGCCGCGCACUUGCUCCAAGAGCCCUCCCGACAUAACGCGCGCGCGUGACAUUGUGUAAAAGUUCGAAGAUAAAAUAAAAAUCGCACAAAAAUGCUUUUUCGGGUUUGAGCAUAGCUGCCGAGUUUUCUGAUAAUAAGGGGGAGCUUUCGAAGCGUAGCCUUCGAGCUAACGACACUGUACGGCAAAGAGGACCUUUUGGCCGUUAGUGCACACAGUUCUCGCCUCAGUUUGCCUCUGAAUCUCGCAGAGGUCGGAGGUCGUCUGAUCUUCGGUGUACGUUCGCGCGUAUUUUUUAUUUUUUCGUUAAAAUUAUAUUUUCAAAGUGUUACACUAUUGCGGAAAACGAAGCAUUAGAAUAAUCAUACAACAUUUUAAUGAGUUGUCAUUGAAAUCAGUCGAUAAAGAACAAUGAUAAAAAGUGUGUGUCCCUGUUAAGUCCCUCGCUACAAAUCACCAAUCUUAUUAUUAUUAAAUCAUGAAUUGUUAAUACAGUGAUGCAAUCCGUGUUUAUAGCACGACGAAUGUGCAUGAAAGAGUGUUUCCUCGGUAUUCGAUAAUUCAAACAUUUUCAUUUACACCGAAUAUACGAAAAGGUACAUGAAACAAAUAUUGGACUGAUGCUCUCCCACGCGUACUCUUUUAUACCAUCUCUCAUUUUGUGACGAUCGAAUGAAGAACGAUGGUGAACCGCGAAAGGAGGAUCCUGGUGGUCCUUGCUUUGCUGAACAUCGCAAUGAUGAUUUGUGGGAGCGUUGCGAGUACGACGGAUCCCGCGGACGAGGACAUACCCGAGGAGCGAAAAAACAACGGAACUCUUGUGACAACAACGAAGCGAUCUUUGCCGGAUCGUUGCCUCGUCAGAACCGAGAGCGGACCGUGCAAGCAUUACAUACACAAAUGGACCUUCAGCAAGGCCGAAGGGAAGUGCAAAACCUUCGUCUACGGUGGCUGCCUCGGAAACGAAAAUCGUUUCAAUUCCCAGCUCGAGUGUCUUCAUCACUGCAUCGGAGGACCGAAUUACACUCUGCCCUCAUACAUGGUGACAAAGGGUAGCGUAUUUGUCACGACAAGCACAACGACGACGAGCACGCCAUCGACGACGACGGCGAGUACCCCUCGACCAACGUUUUCACCUCCGGAGCCCACGAGGCCGCCAAUCCCGAAGCACAAGCGUGGAAAGGAAUUAACGUUCAUGGAAUCCGGGCACGAAAAGACCUUCAUGUUCGCGCAGAGCAACACGUUCAUCCAGCUGGACGGGAGUGGUAUCAAGACCUUUCAAUUGAGAUUGUGCCGAGAAAUAUCGUUCCAGUUCAGAACGAAGUUGCCGCACGGUCUUCUCGUCUAUCACAGUGUCAAGGAUCGGCCGGAAACUCUCGAUCCCUACGCUCUGUACGUCAUCGUUGAAAAAGGCCAAUUGAAAGUGGUCCACGUGUUUGGCAAGCGCUCGACGAGUUUGACCGUCGGCGAAGGACUCAACAGAGACGAAUGGCACAGCGUACUUGUCAGAAUAGACGUGCACGGUGCCAAAUUGAUCGCCAGAGUCGACGACACCCAGGAGGAAACUACUCUUCAAGUUUUGGAGCGAAUCGUCAAUUAUGGAGUCUCGGAGGAACUUGCUUCCGUCGUUCUAAUCGGAGGUUUGAGCUCCGAGGAACGUUUGCACGGGGUCAAAUACAUAAUCGAAUCUUUCGUUGGCUGUAUCCGGGACAUGGUACUGAGCUCGGGAAAAUCGGCCAGUGAUUUAUUGCCGAUCAGGCCUCUGAUAGCGACGAAACACGAGAACGUGAAGGAAGGCUGCAUCGACAAGUGCUGGACGAGGGAAAAUCUCUGCUUCGUUGGUAGCCAGUGCGUCAAUCAUUACAACAGUUUGACCUGCGAUUGUUUCGGAACGUACUACGAGGGAGAAAGAUGCGAUGUUUACACUGCAACGAUUUUGACCCUGCGAGGUUCGUCGUACGUGUCUUUCCGGGUCUACGAUUGGAAAGAUCGUGUUCAUUCCUCCGUUAACCGGAUAAGCCUAAUGUUCAAGACGAGAUGGGACGACUCGGUGUUAUUUUAUGCGUCCGGUGAGAUCGACGGCACUCCGCAUUACGUGGCAGCGGCGAUAAUGCAGCGAAAAGUUCACGUCGAGCUCGACUUUGGUCACGGAGCGAAAAUAAAGACCGUCAUGGGCGAUCACGUGUCCUCAAACCACUGGAGCAACUUGACCAUUUUUCACAACGCUUCUCUCGUUUACGUGAGCCUCGAUUUCGAGACGAAAGUUCUCGAGGUACCCGGCGACAAUUACAACAUGAUCAUCGAUCCUGAAAUUUACAUCGGCGGUGGGCCCGAGCUCAACAAAAAACGAGGCCUCGUAUCCUACAAUAAUUUUGCCGGGGCCCUAAAAUACGUGUUUUUCAAUGAUAAAUCCAUCAUUUACGAACUCAAACGAUCCAACCCUAUGGUACAUUACAUCGGCGUCCUCGAGCCCGAAUACUACGAGGCUGACGUCGAUGUAAUUCCCAUCACUUAUCCUUUCGCCGGCAGCCACAUCUGGUGGCCCGUCAAUAGCACCGAUUCUUUGCACCUCAACUUUGACUUUAAAAGCUCCAAACCCAUCGCCGUCGUCGCAUCCGGCGAUGUGAAGAGCGAUCAGGGCCCAGGAUAUUGGGAGCUCCGUUUGGUCAACGACGAGAUCCGGUUUCAACUGAUUCCCAUACUGUCGGACAACAUAACAGUUUCGGCAGCAGUUAAAUUUCCGCCUUACAACACAUCGUGGCACGCCGUUGAGCUGAAUUACACGAAGGGCGAGCUCAGCAUACUCGUCGAUUAUCGGAACAAGCAGAGCAAACUUUUCGCAAUGACUUUCGAGCUCGGUAGCAAGGUCAUUAUUGGAAGUGGAAAGAGCAAUGCGGGUCUGAUCGGUUGCAUGCGAGACAUAAAGGUCAACAACGAGGUUAUUGAGCCGAGAUAUGUGAUCAACACUGAGAGAGUCGUGGGUGAAGUUGCUCUGGAUAAUUGCCAAUUCGUUGAUCCGUGUAAGAGGCCGAAUACGUGUGAGCACGGUGGCAAAUGUUCCGUCAAGGAGAACAGGAUAAAUUGCGAUUGCACUGAGACCGGUUACAUAGGAAAAAAUUGUCAUUUCGCGCAGCACAGAAAAACUUGCGAAGAACUGGCUUUGCUCGGUUACACGAAGGAUGACGUGUACAAAAUUGACAUUGAUGGAAACGGAAGGUUCCCACCGGCUCUUGUCAAGUGUGAAUUUCAAUCGAUCGAAGAUUCGACGAAAACUAUCGUCGAGCAUAAUUUGCCGUCGCAGGUUGACGUUAGAUCCAUCGGCGAGGAAGAUUUUUCUUUCAACAUUACAUACCGACAAUUUUCGGCGGAAAUGCUGCAGGAAUUGAUAUCCCACUCGCUUUAUUGCAGUCAGUAUAUUAAAUACGAUUGUUAUCGAGCACCGUUGGAACUCCAUAGCGCAACGUGGUUUUUCGGAUCGAAAAAGUCAUCGAUCGUCGAUUACAUUGGCAACGUUAACCGAGGCUCGUGUCCUUGUGGCAUGAACAGAACAUGCGUUAAUCCGGAUUUGAGCUGCAAUUGCGACGUUUCCGCCGGUAAAUGGCUGUCGGAUGAAGGCUAUUACGAGAGCCCCGAUUCUCUUGGCAUUACUGGAAUGGUUUUUCUGCAACCGAAGGAUCUCGUCGAAGAUGCCCAAGGAAGAAUAACCCUCGGACCCCUCGAAUGCGUCGAAACCAACACUCAAAAAUACGUCGUGACUUUCACCACGUCACAGUCGUACAUCGAAGUUCCGGGCUGGCGAAAAGGCGACAUAGCAUUCAGUUUCCGUACGACUGGAGAAAAAGCAAUUUUGCUGUAUCAGCCACCGAUUCGUAGCAAUUAUCCUUCGUUCAUGGUCGCACUCGCUUCGGACUACAGGCUCACCUUCAAUUUCACUCUCAACACUGGCACCAACCGUGAGCUUGAGGUUAUAAGUCGGCGAAAAUUGAACAAUGGCGAGUGGCAGAAAAUUUGGAUCGAUUACAACGAUUAUCAUGUGAGAUUCAUGAUCAACACGGAUUUUCAAAUGGUUGAUCUGCUACCGGAAGAAGAAUUCGGACCUUUCGAGGGUUCGAUGUUUAUUGGCGGAGCGACGGCUGAGCACCUGAAAACGUCAGCUGUAAGACAAGGUCUCAUCGGCUGUUUCCGAGGAUUGGUCGUCAACGGCGAGAUACUGGACAUUCACAGUUACAUGUCGGUGCACUUAUCCGAAAUAAUAAAAGAUUGUAAACCUUCGUGUCAACCGAACAAGUGCCAGAACGGUGCUCGCUGCGUCGAACUCUGGAGCAAUUUUGAAUGCGUUUGCGAAAACAGAUGGGCCCAUCUGGGAACUUUCUGCGAGACGAAUAUAAACAGCAAAGCACUGACGUUCACGUCAACGGGGGCAUUUUUGAAGAAGAAUUAUUUCGGUACUGGCGAGGACGAAGAAAAAGUAUUGCUGAAAAGCAUGCUAGUUCAGAACAUUCUCAUCAAUUUGAGGACUUACGAUACACACUCGUUGAUUCUGUACGCCAAUGAUCAUCUCAAUAAUUUUGUUCAUCUUUACAUAAGCAAUGGAACGAGUAUCGUUUAUCUCUUCAAUGCCGGAAAUGAAAUAAAAAAUAUAACAGUUCAUCAUCCAGGUGUAAACACAGGAAUAUCGGUGCAAAUAGCAAUUGUCAGAAGCGAAAAUUCUACGACUCUUCACGUUAAUGAAAAUAACGUAACGCUCGAUGCCGUUCCCCUGCUUCUUGAUUCUUAUUCCAACAAGCCAUGGAUCAAUCCGGAAAAAGAAGUUUUAGCUCCGCAAAGACCGCCAGCUCCACCGACCGAUUAUUUCCAGGUGAACCUCGGUGGGUUCGAUCCCGACAACUUGUUACGUGUCGGAAGCGAAGGAACUCUAAUCCAGGGUUACGUCGGAUGCCUCCGUGGUUUAAUGAUCGGGGAAUACCUCGUUGAUUUGCCGAAUUUAGCGAGCGAGGCUAAUCACGAGGGUAGCAAAGGCGUAUUGCCCAAUUGUCAGAUGAAAUGCGACGCUGUACCGUGCAAGAAUUUGGGCGUGUGCACCGAAGACUUCGGCAGACAGGAAUCUUCUUGCAACUGCGCUCUCACGUCCUAUUUCGGGGAACAUUGUGCAGACGAGAAAGGUGCCGAUUUCAGUGGCGAGAGCGUAUUACAACGAGACUUUGAAUUCGAGGGCGAAAUCAAUCAGGUCAAAGUUCAAUUGGCAUUCUCGACCAAUGAUCUCCGUCAAAGAACGAGCGCUCUUUUAUUGUUACAAACUGAGAAUAAAAGAAGUUAUUACCUGCUCGUCGCCCUAACGUCGGAAGGUCAACUGAUAUUCGAAGAGGACAGAGAAGGCUCGGCCUACGGCGUCCGUCUGAACGACCGGAACUUCCUCAACGGAGCACGACACAGCGUUUAUUACGUUCGUGACAAUAAUACGGCUACGUUAUUGAUCGAUCGAGAACCUGUGCAACUGCUGCCAAUUCCCGUUCUGAAUAUCGGCGACGAUGACGACGAGGAGGAAACGGAAUCGCUGGGAGCAACGGAAAUUCAACUGGGUGGUUUGAACACGACUGAUCAACGGUUCAGCGCUUACAAGGGCUACACCGGUUGCCUCAGCAAUGUGGUUGUAUCUAUGAACGGAGCUGCUGGAAUGAAGCCCCUCGAGGAAUACAUGCUCUUUACGAAAAAAGGUAGCGAGACUGUCCGAGCAACGAUGCCAGCUGGUGUUCGGAGUGCCCAGUGUGCGGUAUUCCACACUUCAACGAAAGGCAUCGAGCCACCACGAAACGACAGCGUGCAAGGUCGUGAUCGGGCCUGGGUCGAGGACCCACCGGAACGAGUUCUCUACAAGUCGCUCUACCCGGACGAGACGAAGGAGGAACAAGGAGCUGGAACGUACAUUUUUAUAGCGCUCUGUUGCAUUUUCGUGGCCGCUGUCGUUGGCUGCACUUACGAAGUGCUUCGCAGCGCUGGACGCGAUCGAAAGCGCAGGAGAGCUGCCGCAAGUGCAGCGAACGGCAGCGGCGGUGGUGGUGGUGGUUCGCCUUCGGGUACUCAAAGGUGGCAACAACCCCUGACACCGUCAGGGGCCACUAAGAGCGUAGGAUUUAAAACGAAUGUCGAAAAUGACAAACGACCGAAUGGGACGCACGCGAAAAGCAUUCCAAAGGAUUACAAGCCUGUGCCGAAUUCGGAACACAAAAACGAUCCGGUCAACGACAAAAAAGUUCUCGCUAAAGAUGAAGAAGCGGAGAAAAAGGAGCUGCUAGGGGUAAAUACAGGCACCGUCUCUAAACCUGCGAAACCGAAUCCAUUCUCAAUGGAGGAUCUCAGAGAAGAGCCGGAGCUCGAGGAAUGCGAAGAGGAGGACGACGAGGAGAACGAGGAUGAGGAUGAGGAGACUGGCGAAGAGCCGAAAAAAGCAUCGAGCGACAAUGACGAAAAUACACAAACGUUAAACCUCAACGAUACCGACAUAAUCAUAAGGCCAGCGCCGGGGGCGCCGAAUGGAUGCGAAACGAGUGUGGAAUCACGAGACUCGUCAGAACGGGCGAAAAUAAAGAUUCUCAACAUAUCACCAAUCUUUCUUGCGGACGACAAGAGAACUUACGACAAUCCUCUGAGUUAUUUGGGUGGCCCGAGACUGCAACCGAAAAAUCGUACCUCCAUCGAGUCCGUUCUCUCGUUGGAUUGAAAUGUAAAAGUCGCGCUUAACCUCAUGUGUAUUUGCGGAGAAAACAAAUCUCAGUCUCAUAUAGUUCUAUAUAUAUAAACCCUAGUCACCAACAGGUCGUCUGGACACACGAUAUAUAUACUUUUAGCAUUGACUCUUCUUUUCCCGCCACUAUUUCUUCGUUUAACCUCAAAUUUUGAUUCCAACGCGCAAAUCCACACGAGACGUACGCUCUUUGUUGGUUGUCUUCAACGAGAGCAUUGGAAAAUCAAAGUUAUAUGUAUUUUUCACAAUUGGUUUGUGAAAGCCAUAAGAGUAUAUGCGUGCCCGUUACUAUUGUGAUUAUUUUAUGUUCGUAAGAUUAUCGGAACGGUGUGUUAUUGUAUUCCCUUCAUAUAUACAAUUGUCCCUUGUUCCUUAAUUCUCUAUCUGUCCCAAAUAUUGUCAGUUUUAAUCAACUAUGACACUGCCGUUUACUUUUGAAUUUAGUAAUCGGGCUCGUUCGUUGUACAUUUUAGAAAAAAAACGUUAAAUUUAUGAAUAAUUGAUGAAUAAAUGAUUUUAGUUUAGCCUUCUGUAUAGCCAA